AGAGCCAGCCAGAUUUGAGAAUCAGACACCAAGAUGCUGCUGGGGAGUAGAGCUGUGAUGCUGCUGUUGCUGCUGCCCUGGACUGCUCAGGGCCUGGCCGUGCCUGGGAGCAGGAGCCCUGCCUGGGCUCAGGGCCAGCAGCUCUCCCAGAAACUCUGCAUGUUGGCCUGGAACACACAUCCCCUAAGGGGAUACAUGGAUGUCCCAAGAGAAGAGGGAGAUGACGAGACUACAAGUGAUGUACCCCAUAUCCAGUGUGAAGAUGGCUGUGAUCCCCAAGGACUCAAAGACAAUAGUCAGUUCUGCUUGCAAAGGAUCCACCAGGGCCUGAUUUUUUAUGAGAAGCUGCUGGGUUCAGACAUUUUCACAGGGGAGCCUUCUCUACUCCCUGAUGGCCCUGUGGGCCAGCUUCAUGCCUCCCUACUGGUCCUCAGCCAACUCUUGCAGCAUGAGGGUCACUACAGGGAGACUGAGCUGACUCCAAGCCCCAGUCCUAGCCUGCCUUGGCAGCGCCUCCUUCUGCGCCUCAAGAUCCUUCGUAGCCUCCAGGCUUUUGUGGCCGUAGCUGCUCGGGUCUUUGCCCAUGGAGCAGCAACUCUGAGCCCCUAAAGCCAAAAGCUGAAG